UUAUUCAUAACUUUAUUAUAAGUUUUCAAAGUUUUGUCAAAUAAUAAGUCAUUUGUUUUAAUUAUAGUUAAGACCUAAAUAUGUCUUCAUGUGAGUCAUUAUCACAAGAAUUGCAGACAUUGUUUGCCUUUAUUGACCAAAAUAGUGAACAAUUCAUUGAUUUGUUGGCCAAAGCCGUCAAAAUCAAGAGUAUUUCGGCACAGAAGGACACCAGAGAUGAUACCAUAUUUAUGGUUAAAUGGUUUGAACAACAAUUGCAAACCAGAGGAUUGACCACUGAGUUAGUAGAUAUUGGUUCCGAACAAUGGCCAGAUGGACAAACAUUGCCGUUACCACCAGUUUUAUUGGCACAGUUGGGCAAUGAUCCCACAAAGAAAACACUUUGUGUUUAUGGCCAUUUGGAUGUCCAACCGGCAGAUAUUGCCGACGGUUGGAAUACUGACCCAUUUGUGUUGAUUGAAUUGGAUGGCAAACUUUAUGGCAGAGGAGCUACCGAUGAUAAGGGCCCUGUUAUGGCGUGGAUUAACAUUAUUGAUGCUUAUCAGAGCACAGGUAUUGACUUACCCAUCAAUUUGAAAUUCAUUUUUGAAGGCAUGGAAGAGUCUGGAUCUGUUGGACUCAAUGAACUCAUUAUUGCUAAAGGAUCCACUUUUUUAGCAAAUGUUGACUACAUCUGUAUUAGUGAUAAUUAUUGGUUAGGAAAUACUAAGCCAUGUCUGACUUAUGGUCUCAGAGGUAACGCAUAUUUCUUUGUUGAGGUGAAGUGUGCGGCAAAAGAUCUACAUUCAGGUGUUUACGGCGGUUCAGUACACGAAGCCAUGACUGAUCUCUUAGCUCUGAUGUCAAAAUUGGUAGACAAUAAGGGAAAUAUCUUAAUUCCCGGUGUUUUGGAUGAUGUUUUGCCUUUAACUGCAUCUGAAGAAGCUAUGUAUGAAAGUAUUGAUUUUAAUCACCAUUCAUAUCGUGAAGAAAUAGGAACAAAACGAUUACUUUUUGAGACAAAGUCAGAAAUAUUGGCUCAUCGUUGGCGUUAUCCAUCUCUUUCAAUACAUGGCAUUGAAGGCGCCUUUUCAGGUGCCGGAGCUAAGACUGUGAUACCGCGUAAAGUGAUCGGCAAGUUCUCCAUACGGUUGGUCCCCAAUCAGAAUCCCGACAAAGUUGGACAACAAGUAAUUCAAUACUUAGAGAAUGAGUUCGCAAAACUUGAUUCUCCCAAUCGGUUGUCAGUUAUCAGACGUAAAGCAAGCAAACCAUGGAUUGCCAACACUGAUAAUGACAAUUUUAAAGCCGCAAAAUUAGCCAUUAGUUCCGUAUUUGGUGUGGAGCCUGAUCUGACUCGAGAGGGCGGAUCAAUACCAGUAACACUGACUUUUGAAGAAGUGACCGGAAAAAGUGUUAUAUUGUUACCAAUUGGCGGCUGUGAUGACGGCGCCCACUCUCAAAAUGAAAAGAUUGACCGCAAAAACUAUAUUGAAGGCACUAAAGUGUUGGCCUCUUAUAUCUUUCAUUUGUCAAAAAAUUAAGAUUUUUUUUAUAGAUUAUUAACUGUUGUAAACAUAAUUUACUUAUAAAUUAAAUAAUACUUUUUGAUACUUUUUAGGGAAGUUUGACAUUUCU